CGCGCACGGGCCGGCGGCGCGCGCCGAGCGGGGGGCGCCGCGCGGUGCAGCCACGAUGGAAGGGGGUGCGUACGGAGCGGGCAAAGCCGGGGGCGCCUUCGACCCCUACACCUUGGUGCGGCAGCCACACACCAUCCUGCGCGUCGUGUCUUGGGUCUUCUCCAUUGUGGUCUUCGGCUCCAUCGUGAAUGAGGGCUACCUCAACAACCCGGAGGAGGAGGAGGAGUUCUGCAUCUACAACCGCAACCCCAAUGCCUGCAGCUAUGGCGUGACUGUGGGCGUGUUGGCCUUCCUCACCUGCCUGCUCUACCUGGCGCUGGACGUGUACUUCCCACAGAUCAGCAGUGUCAAGGACCGCAAAAAGGCCGUGCUGUCUGACAUCGGUGUCUCGGCCUUCUGGGCCUUCUUCUGGUUCGUGGGUUUCUGCUUCCUGGCCAACCAGUGGCAAGUCUCCAAGCCCAAGGACAACCCUCUGAACGAAGGGACGGACGCAGCCCGCGCUGCCAUCGCCUUCUCCUUCUUCUCCAUUUUCACAUGGGCGGGCCAGGCUGUGCUGGCCUUCCAGCGGUACCAGAUUGGCGCCGACUCGGCCCUCUUCUCCCAGGACUACAUGGAUCCCAGCCAGGACUCCAGCAUGCCUUAUGCACCCUACGUGGAGCCCAGCGCUGGGUCGGACCCUGCUGGCAUGGGUGGCACCUACCAGCAUCCAGCCAACGCCUUUGAUGCUGAGCCCCAGGGCUACCAGUCGCAGGGCUACUAAGCCCCCCUGAUGGUGGUGACAGUGACCGCCUACCCUGCCCCUGCCCUUCCAUCCUAGCUCCCCUCCCAAGCACCCUGCUCCCUCCCAGGUGACCCUGCCUAGCACAUGCUCAGCCUCCAAGUGACUCCACUGAGGCCCAGUGCAGCUGGGGUGGGGAGUGGUGGGGUGUGUCCACAUAUGUGUGCAAGUGUGUGCCCAGCAGGGGUCUAGAGGUGGGACCUGGGGUUACAGUCAUCCAUUCUGACCUUGAGCAUUCACUGAGCACCUGCUGUGUGCCAGGCCUUGCUCAGCUGGGGAGUGAGAGAUAGAGAGGGGGAAGGUGGGCUGAGGAGGCCCUGUUCCAGAUGCAGGAAAGGUGGGACAGAUACUGGGAAGUUUGCCUGUAAGGGACUCAGUCAUAUGGUGAGUGUGGUCCAUCACAGGAUG